AUGGCGGUCGGAGCUACCAGAAAAAUAUCAGCCGCCUCUGCCAGGGCUCACACUGAAAAUCCAACACCAAAGCUUCUUCUCAAAUUUCAGGCAAUCAUCUCGUUUCCUCAAUUUGCACGCUCUCAUUUCUAUUUUUUCCGAAUUAACGAAAUAUUGGAUCCUCAUCAAACUACUGUUAGUUGGCUGGUUGGUUUUCUAGCUUGGGCUUAUCAAGCAGUAAGGCCUCCUCCACCAAAGACAAGUGGCUUGCAAUACGGGCCUCCCGUUACCGCAUCUAGAGUACAGCUCAAGGACGGGAGGUACUUGGCUUACAAGGAGUCUGGUGUGCCGAAGGAUGUAGCAAAACACAAAAUAGUGUUUAUCCAUGGAUUUGAUAAUUGCAGGCAUCAUGUUUCUGCAAUGACGGCUAACCUCUCCCCUGACAUUGUUGAAAGUAGAGGCAUAUACAUUGUUUCGUUUGAUAGACCUGGUUAUGGAAAGAGUAGUCUUCACCCUACCCGGACUGUUAAGAGCUUAGCUUUUGACAUUGAGGAGCUUGCUGAUCAAUUGGAACUACAACCUAAAUUCUAUAUUAUUGGAUUUUCCAUGGGUGGACAGGUUGUCUGGAGCUGCCUUAAGUAUAUACCUCAUAGACUAGCUGGAGCUGCUCUAUUAACACCAGUUGUGAUUGGAUAUGAAGAGACACUAACACAUGGUAAUAAUUUGCAACAGGUUUUCAAUAGAAUUAUUUAUCUACUAUACAAGUCGAGUAUUUGA